GUCUGCUCUGCUCAGCUCAGGCGACACGGCGCGCUCCGUGCCGCCCACGAAACCUCAUCGGCGUCAUCCUCAUCAAUCCCUGCCUCUGCCGUCCGAGAUAACCAUGCUCCACGGUCUCUGACUCACCCCUGCAUCUUGCCGUGUAGCCUUCUUGUACAGCUUGGACUGGACUAGACUGGAGGUGGAGUGGAGCUUUUCCUUCUCCAAAAUCCAAAUCACCACAUCCCCCCAUUAAUUUAAGGGGUUUUUAUGUCCACCGCCGCCGCCAGCGCCAACUAAACCCGCGACGACGGUCGACCAUGGCGUCCUCGCUGCUCUCCUCCCCCGCUAAACCCACCAUCACCACCACCACCAAAACGACCCCGGCCCCAAGACCCGCCCGCUCCGCCCAUGUCCAUGUCCUCUCCGCCGCCCGCUGCCUCCGCCUCCGCCUCCGCGCGUCGUCGCAGCAUCCUCCGCCUCCGCCCACCCCGCGGUCGCGGCGGCCGGAUUACGUCCCGAACCGCAUCGACGACCCCAACUACGUGCGCAUCUUCGACACCACGCUGCGCGACGGGGAGCAGUCGCCGGGCGCCACCAUGACGAGCGCCCAGAAGCUCGUCGUCGCGCGCCAGCUGGCCCGCCUCGGCGUCGACAUCAUCGAGGCCGGGUUCCCGGCCUCCUCCCCCGACGACCUCGACGCCGUGCGCUCCAUCGCCAUCGAGGUCGGCAACCCGGCGCCAGGACCCGCCGGGGAGGAGGACGCCGUCCACGUGCCGGUCAUCUGCGGCCUCUCGCGGUGCAACCGGAAGGACAUCGACGCCGCGUGGGAGGCCGUGCGCCACGCGCGCCGCCCCCGGAUCCACACCUUCAUCGCCACCAGCGACAUUCACAUGCAGCAUAAGCUCAGGAAGACGCCCGACCAGGUGGUCGCCAUUGCCAGGGAGAUGGUGGCCUACGCCCGCAGCCUCGGAUGCACUGACGUCGAGUUCAGCCCCGAGGACGCCGGCAGGUCAAAUAGAGAGUUCUUGUAUCAUAUUCUAGGGGAAGUCAUAAAAGCUGGAGCUACGACUCUCAAUAUCCCGGACACUGUCGGAUACAAUCUUCCUUAUGAAUUUGGAAAGUUGAUUGCUGAUAUAAAGGCAAACACUCCUGGAAUUGAAAAGGCUAUCAUUUCCACUCAUUGUCAGAAUGACCUUGGUCUUGCGACUGCCAACACACUAGCGGGCGCUCGUGCAGGAGCACGGCAGUUAGAGGUUACUAUUAAUGGUAUUGGUGAAAGGGCUGGAAAUGCUUCUUUGGAGGAGGUUGUCAUGGCAAUUAAAUGCCGCAGAGAACUGUUAGAUGGUCUCUAUACUGGAAUCGAUUCCCGACAUAUCACUUUGACGAGCAAAAUGGUGCAAGAGCAUAGUGGACUUCACGUGCAGCCACAUAAAGCUAUUGUUGGUGCCAAUGCGUUCGCUCAUGAAAGUGGAAUUCAUCAGGAUGGGAUGCUUAAAUAUAAAGGAACAUACGAAAUUAUAUCGCCUGAUGAUAUUGGUCUAACACGUGCAAAUGAAUUUGGUAUUGUUCUUGGGAAACUCAGCGGAAGGCAUGCUGUGAGAUCUAAGCUAGUAGAGCUUGGAUAUGAAAUCGGUGACAAGGAAUUUGAGGACUUCUUUAAACGCUACAAAGAGGUUGCAGAGAAGAAAAAGCGCGUAACUGAUGAAGACUUAGAAGCGUUAUUGUCAGAUGAGAUAUUCCAGCCUAAGGUUAUUUGGUCCCUUGCUGAUGUACAGGCAACAUGUGGUACACUUGCUUUAUCUACGGCAACAGUGAAAUUGGUAGCACCAGAUGGAGAGGAGAAAAUAGCAUGUUCAGUCGGAACAGGUCCAGUCGAUGCAGCUUACAAGGCUGUUGACAAAAUAAUCCAGAUUCCAACGGUUCUCCGAGAAUACAGUAUGACAUCAGUCACAGAAGGCAUUGACGCAAUCGCGACAACUCGGGUUGUUGUCACUGGAGAUGUGAGCAACAACGCCAAACAUGCCCUGACUGGCCAGUCCUUCAACCGCUCCUUCAGCGGGAGCGGGGCAUCCAUGGACAUUGUGGUGUCCAGUGUCAGAGCUUACCUGAGCGCCCUGAACAAGAUCUGCAGUUUCGCUGGCGCCGUGAAAGCCAGCAGCGAUGUAGCUGAGACCGCAAGCGUCCCGAGCACAGAAUGAGCUUCCGUUUAGUUCACAGUGACAUGUUCAAAAUUUCUGGAAGGAUCUUCCAUUGAGCUUAGGACAGGCAGGAAGUCUUGGGGCCUAUGUAGUGUACAAUUUAUGUGUGUCAUAUCCCGUGCUCGUUGCCAGUUUGUAUUGUACCAUAUAUAAACCAUAGAAUAUGUUGCCAUUUAGAAGUCUGGCCAAGGUCAGCUGUAAUGAUUCACAUGCUUAUAGCCUGGAAACAUUAGACAUUGAAAACCCGAGCGGUGAAUAAAGGAUGCCCAAGGUAG